GUCCACAAUUCUUGGGCCCUGCGUUUCUAGGGCUUCACUUGGGACUCUGCAUCUUCACCUCUGUGGUCUUCUUUGUGGAUAACACGGUCGUUGGAAUGGACCGAGGGCUCUUCCAGGGCGUUCUCUUCUUGCUUUGCUUUGGGCUCAUGGCCCAUUUGUUGCGAAAAUACUGGUGCAGCAUCCAUGAAAUGCAGGUGCAAAUCAGCAACUUCUCCAUUGAUCAUGCCAUGAGCUCUUGCUGCACACAAGGCCACGUAGAGGGUCGAAGCUGUGACCGUGAGCUAAUUCUUGAAUGCAUCUCAUCUUGGUUUGGAUCAACCGCCGCUUUUGAGUUCUAUGUGCGGUCUGAAGUAUGGGCGAUUCUUACCAACCAGCUUGCCAACGAUGCCGUUUCAUACAGCCGCAUCGUGCAGUCCCUCACGCCGCUGCUCUGGAUGGUGCUAAACGAACGUGUCUUAAGGCACGGGCAGCGCGAGGUGAGGUAUGAUGAGAUAUUUUGGGUUUUGUCGCAUUGGCUGGCCGCGCUGCCGUGCAUUGCCAAGCUAAUGCUGAGGUUGUGCUACCACUUGCGUGCAACCUGUCGCCACAUGUUCUUAGACCUUAUUGUUAACGCGAUGGUUGCAUUCAUAGUAACCUUUUUCAUGCUGAUCAUUGCAAAUGUUCGGGAACUGCUCCUCGAGUUGAGUCCUAACCAGCUGUUGCUGUCAGUCAUGGUGUUGAUUUUCUACAGCAUUGCCGCAGCUUUGCUGUGGCGAUGUGUGCCCUCUAUGGGCACCGCUGUUCACACCUAG